AUGGCGCCUGCUCCAUCGGAGAUCGAUGUGUUCUCGAUUCCGCACACCAGGAUCGUGAAACAACUCGAAGAACUGACAGAUACGCUGUCAGCAACUAACUUCUCCAAUCAUGUAGAUUGGGACAGAAUGCUGGACAAUCUACGAACAACUUUUACUGACUUCAAGUUCCAUGAGAAGAUAGAAAAUGAGUGCAUUAUGUGGAAGUUAAAAAGCAGAUUGAAAAGACUUAAAAUUGAGAUAGCUGCUGUUACAAAUGUGCACUCGGACAAUCAUUUGACUGAUAUGUUAGAUUUAGUGGAAGAUUGCUUUAAGAGGGGUAAGAAUAAGACGGAGGAUGACAGAGUGCAUUUUGGUCGAAUGCUGGUCAAAGCAUUGAGGGAAUUUACCAAGGACUUUCUACCACAUUUGAAAGAAGAGGAAGAGGUUUUUCAGCAGCUUCUCAUGAAAUACUUCACGUUUGAUGAGUUGAAAGUGAUCAAGUUUACUGUGUUAGAGAGACACUCUCAGCUGAACAGUAGUCCUGAUGAGUAUGCCAAGUAUUUAAAGGAUACUGAAGAGAAACCAACUGUAGAAGAUUGCUGUGGAGAAGACAAUUUAUUGCAUAAAAUCCCUCCUGAAAUCAUUCUGAAGAUUUUUGGUUUUCUUGGACCAAAAGACUUGUGUCGAUGUGCUAUGGUCUGUCAUAGUUGGUCUAAGCUAGCUCUGUCUGGCAAGCUAUGGCAGUGUCUGCACCCAGUAAGAUGGAUCAAAGGUUCUUGGUAUUUUGGUCUGAUAGAGAAUGAAAGCAAUGAAGACACUGAAAAGCAAUUAGACAGCAGCAGUAGCACUGAAGACUUGUACGUCACUAUUGACGAUGACGCAGACUUUGAUGAGUCCGAAGAAAGUGAUGCCAGCGAUACCAGUAUUCUCAGUUAUAAGGCUAUGUGUAUCCGUAAAGAAGCCAGGUCCUUGACAGAGAUAUCGAAAUAUCUGAUUCCAGUUGUUGGCUGGAAUGUACACACUCUGGUGUUGUCUAAUAGUUAUGCUAUCACAAAUGGCGUAGUUUAUAAGAUGAUUAUCAGCUGUCCUAAUUUACAACACUUGAAUUUGUCAGAGACCAAUGUAUCUGAUGUAGCAUUCAAAGGGCUUGGCAGGAAUGGAGCUGGCGGUCAAUUGAAGUACCUUGAUCUUUCUGGUUGUUUAAAGAUCACUGACACAACGUUGGUACGCCUUGCCAAGGCCCUGGGUAUGAAUCCCCAAAAGGUUGAAAUGUGCUGUGUGGGCGCCUGUCUUCCCGACACGAAUCAACAAAUAAAUGACUGUCACAGUGUUGUGGAGAAAUGUGUCUGGGAUGUGGAGGAUGAUGAUGAUGAUGAAAAAGACGUUGAUGAGGUUGCUAUGGCAUUACCAAAUAAUGAUGAGGUUGCCAUAGAGAGUUGUGAUGAGACAUUAAACUGUAUUUCAAACCGACGGGAGAUUUCAAAUGACUACAGUGGUAGCAGUAAUGUGUAUGAUCACAAAUUGAAUGAAGACAUCGCUAAUGUUGCAAGAGACAAUACACUUGCAUCUUGGACUAACACAGAUUGGACAAACAGUGACGGUUACGAAACCAUCACUUAUGAACAAAACUGUAGCAGUGAGCUCAGGACCACUUUUGAGCCACCACUUGCGGUAACUGACUCGUAUGAGAACAUUGUAACUUGCAAACCAGACUGUGGUCAAUAUUGCCGUAACAGGAAAGCCAAGUAUUCAUCUGGGGACACAAACUGGGAUCUUUUCCAUCAAGGAAGGCCGCUGGAAUUUUUGGGUCUUUCCAGCUGUUAUCAGAUUACUGACCAUGGAUUAAGAGCAUUGGCCAACAAUGGAGGGUUACCAAACUUACGUCACUUAGAUUUGUCUGGAUGUUUUGAUGUGACGUCAACUGGGUUGCGAGAGAUAGCUAAAUCUAGUCCCUGCCUAGAUCCCCAUCUCUUCUUCUAUUGUGAUAAUAUCACUGAUGGUCCCCUCCAGGAGUCUGCAAGUGGUUGUCAGAAUCUACAGUGCAUGAACCGUGUCUGCUGUAGAUCAGGUGAAUGACAAAUGUGUGAACUUUGGAACCUUUGGGUGGAGUGAUGUUAAGAUGUGUAUCAAGAUUCAGCCAAAGAAGUGUUUAUAUCCUAUUUACAAUCACUUAUCUAUUUUUUGCCUUUCAUACAAUUUAUUUUAAAAUGUAUAUCCCGCCAUAGAAUUCAUUUAUCAUAAUAUAACUUUUAAAUUACAAAAAUUUGCUGAGCUUAAAUAUUCUGAAUUUUCUUUAUUUUUUUUUCAGACGUAUCUUCACAUUUUAUUCUUCUUGUCAUUCAAUGUUAAAAGUCGUGAUCAGACCCAAUGAAUACAUUAUUCUCAUGUUUUCUUGCUACACCAGCUCAUUCACUCACAGUAUGGCCAUUGCUAACACUGUAUGUGUAUACUGCAAUCGACCAAUACUUCUCCUAUAAUAAUAAUAAAUUGAUACAGAAAAAAGAUAGAAAU